CCGCAGUGGGUGGAGCUAACGUCCAGGCACCAUGGCUUCGGUAGAAACCGAGCCCGCUGGUUUAGCCGUGGAUACUGUUGCACUCCCAAAGGCAGAGGGACUGGAUCCACCGCACUACAGAGAGGAGAAGUCAGAUGAGGACACAUACGUAGCAGCAGGACGCGCUUCUCCCCCAGCAGCGGAGGCAAUGCUUAACGGCACAGAAAGUGAUGAUGGGAUGCACACGGACCUAUCAAUAAGCAGCAGUAAGACUAUGUCGCUGGUGAAUGAAAAUGGCACAACAGAGAUCGAGACUCCACACGGAUCUGUAACUGGAAGCAAUGGCUUCAUUCUCACUAAGGAGCAGCAGCAGCAGGACGUCAGCGCUGCAGUGACGCCCGGUUCAGGAGUUUCCCCUCUCAGGACUAACAGGCUGCCUUUGGGCUCGCUGACGGGGGGACAAACAGCCAAACCCCUCAUUGCCUCGGCAUCAGGGUGUGCGCAGAGUUCAGGUGCUUUAAGGACUGUCCCCAGCACGGGGAAUAUGUUGGGACAGGGGACAUCGGACUCUAAAAAUGGCUUUGCUUCAAGUCCCGUCAUUAUCCCACCACCCGUUACUGUACACAGAGCUCGGAAGACCAUGUCCAGACCUGCGGUCAGCCCGGCACAGAAGCUUAUUAACAGGGAGUUGAGACAAGCAAACAGUGCCAAAUUGGAGUCUCCAGUCACGCCAGAUGUGCAGAAAUCCUCUCCGCCUCCAUCUGCGCCGAACCAUCUACCUCAGAGUCCACCAGAAAUGCCAGCUUCAGCACACACUGCUCCAUCAGCUUCACCAGCAGCUCCCACAGAGCCUGCAGCUUCUCCACCUCCUCCAGCACCUUCAGCUCCUGCCAAGCUCCUCCUUGGACCCUACACAGCAGGCUUUUCAUCUCGGAAGAAGAAGAGGAGGAUGGGAACGUACAGCCUGGUUCCCAAGAAGAAAACCAAAGUUCUAAAGCAGAGAACCAUGCUGGAAAUGUUCAAGGAGUUGCAGCAGUCUACAAAGACCCAACAGAAAAGGGAGGUGGCUAACAUAAACGGGGAGAAGGUGGUGAAUGCAUCCGAGGAAGACGAGUCGGAGGACCUGGAGUCUGAAGAGGAGAUGCGACGGCAGCCUGCAGAACAAACCCUUUCAGCUGUUCAAGAAACCUCUGAAUCUGCUGAUCAGGUGAAAGAUGAGCACGAGUCUGAAGACUCCGAAGAAGAAGAAGAUGAAGGAGAGGAGGACGGCACAGAGUCAGAUUUGAGCUUCGAGUCCAGCCUGAAGAAAAAGCUGAAGAAAAAAUCAAAAGCAGACAGCGCAUGGCUAAGACCGUCCAGGAAGAGGAAAAGAAGGACGGCCCCCAAAGAACCAGAGACGGAUGUUCUGCCUCAGACUUCUGGUCAGGAGUGCACACAGAUCCUACCGUCCGAGUGUGUCCACCUCAGCAAGUCUUCACACACCAAAGAGCCUUCAGGGUCAGCGAUCGAGGAGGCUCAGGAGCUUCCGCUCUGCAGCUGCCGCAUGGAGACCCCAAAGAGCCGAGAGAUUCUCAUCCUGGCGGACAGGAAGUGCAUGGCCACAGAGAGCAUGGAUGGGCAGUUAACCCGCUGCCAAAGUGCUGUCCUGAAGCACGAGAUGAUGCGUCCUUCCAACUCCGUUCAGCUGCUGGUUCUGUGCGAGGACCACCGCACCGGCAUGGUGAAGCACCAGUGCUGUCCCGGCUGUGGCUUCUUCUGCAGAGCGGGGACUUUCAUGGAGUGCCAACCGGAUGUCACCAUCUCUCACCGCUUCCAUCGAGAGUGUGCAUCGAUGCUGAAAGGUCAAAGCUUCUGUCCGCACUGUGGAGAGGAGGCCAGCAAGGCCAAAGAAGUCACCAUCGCCAAGGCUGACACCACCUCCACCGUUCCUCCAGCACAGGCGAAGGGGCCAGCCACCCUUGGGGCUCCUGAGGGUCGAGCAGACACAACCACUGGCAGUUCUUCUUGUUUGGCUCCUGUGGCUGAAGUCAGUGGCAGAGCCGACAGUUCGCUCUCUGCACAUCCCACUCAGGACCUCGAUGACCCGGCGGUCCCUGGGUCAUCCAGGCAAGUGUCUUUGCAACCUGGAAUCGGAACAAUAGCGCCACCUACGCUCCCCUUAGGAACAACAAAAGAAACUCUGGAGAGUGUCCUGGUCGCCCUUGAUACUGAAAAAACCAAGAAGUUGCGUUUUCACCCCAAACAGCUUUACCUCUCGGCCAAACAGGGAGAACUGAAGAAGGUGGUGUUCAUGCUGGUGGAUGGUACCGACCCAAACUUUAAGAUGGACUCCCAGAACAAGCGUACGUCGCUGCACGCCGCAGCAGAGGGAGGAUACGUCGACGUCUGCCACAUGCUGGUUCAGGCCGGAGCAAACUUAGACAUGUGUGAUGAAGAUCAGAGGACUCCGCUGAUGGAGGCCUGCGAGAACAAUCACAUGGAGGUGGUCCUGUUUCUGUUGAGAGCUGGAGCCAGCGCCAUGCACAAGGAUGUUGAAGGGUUCACAUGUCUCCACCUAGCGGCAAAGUCUGGUCAUUACAACAUUGUAGAGCACCUUCUGUCCACAGGGCUGAUUGACAUAAACUGUCAGGACGAUGGUGGUUGGACCGCGAUGAUCUGGGCCACAGAGUACAAACACGUGGACCAGGUCAAGCUGCUUUUGUCCAAAGGAGCAGACAUCAGCAUCAGGGAUAAGGAGAAAAAUAUUUGCCUUCACUGGGCGGCGUUUUCCGGCAGUGUGGAGAUCUCCGAGCUGCUCCUGAAUGCCCACUGUGAUCUUCACGUUGUUAACAUCCACGGAGAUUCUCCUCUGCACAUCGCUGCUCGGGAAAACCGCUUGGAAUGUGUGAAACUGUUCUUGUCACGAGGAGCUAAUGUGUUUCUGAAGAACCGGGAAGGAGAAACUCCUCCAGACUGCUGCAGCCACAACUCCAAGGCCUGGGGUGCCUUGCAGGCCUACAAGAGGGACAGGGACGCCAAAAACGGCAGGCUCAGAAGGACUGAAGAGAAACUGCUCGACAGUGACAUAUCCUUAGGCCAGGAGCGAGUUUGCAUUCCUUGUGUCAACUCUGUGGACAGCGAACCCGUUCCAGACGACUACAAAUACAUCACAGAAAACUGCGUCACGUCCCCCAUGAAUAUCGACCGAAACAUAACACACCUACAGUACUGUGUUUGUAAGGAAGACUGUUCUACAAGUAUUUGCAUGUGUGGACAGCUGAGUCUGCGCCGCUGGUACGACAAGAGCGGCUGCCUUCUGCCUGAGUUCUGUCGUGAGGAGCCUCCUCUUAUCUUUGAGUGCAACCAUGCAUGUUCCUGCUGGAGGACCUGCAAGAACCGUGUCGUACAAAACGGACUUGGGACCAGACUCCAGGUUUUCAGAACCAGUAAAAAAGGCUGGGGCGUCCGGGCUCUGCAGGACAUACCACAGGGGAGCUUUGUUUGCGAGUAUGUUGGUGAGAUCAUCUCUGAAGCUGAAGCAGAUGUGAGGCAAAACGAUGCGUACCUGUUCAGCCUUGAUGACAAGCCUGAAGAUCAGUACUGCAUUGAUGCCCGUUUCUAUGGAAACAUCAGCCGCUUCCUGAAUCACAUGUGCGAGCCCAACCUGUUUGCUUGUCGGGUCUUCACAACACACCAGGACCUUCGGUUCCCACACAUUGCCUUCUUUGCCAGUGAAAACAUCAAGGCUGGAGAGGAGCUUGGGUUUAACUACGGCGACCAUUUCUGGGAAGUCAAGAGCAAGCUGUUCAGCUGCGAAUGUGGCUCGUCUAAGUGUAAGUACUCAUCGGUUGCCAUGGCGUCGCUGCAGGCCGACAGCACACCCGAGAACCAGCAGCAGCCCAGCGCGUUGCCCGACACCAGCUCUUCCAGCGGCGCCUCCUAAAAGCGACCCUCAUGCUGAGUUUGGUUUCACAGCGACAAGGACUGAGACAGGACAUGUCCUCCUGGCUCGUUUUGAACUUUUCUGAGUGAAAGCGUACUGUAUCUCCACUUUCCAUCAUUACCAAGGACCAUUCUUCUUAAAACUGUAAAACUUUAUGAUCCAGAUGCACAAUCGAACCCUGGAACUUCUUCUUGACUUCGUGUGUCAUGUGAAAAUGUUAAGGGGACAUGUGGGACAAUAAAAAACACUUGGCUGGGAAGGACAACUGUCUUUUGGUUUUGUUUUUUGUAAUAAUGAUUAGUCAACGAUGUUGUGAACGAGGAAUCUGGGGCCACUUGGCACAGCGACCACGAACCAUUCCAGCAACAGUCAGCCGAUUAUUACUGAAGAUUUCUGCCACUUUUAAUCUUAUUUCUUCAUUCUCAUCAUGUUGGAAUGGAUGAAAAUCUGAAAAUGGGUUUACGAGAUACUCCAUGAGGUCCGGUUGGUAGAAAGAUGACAAACCAUUUGUCAAAGAAAAACAAAAUAUGUCUGAAUAUUUGCCACAGCGGUUUAGGAAUCCAUUAAAGGAAAAAAAAAAAACCCCGAAACAUACAGGAAAAUGGUGCUGACGGAGGUUUUUACUUUUGUUCUCAUUUUUACUAUCCGUGUGAACAUAGUUUGUAAAAUAAGAGAAUGUUUUUACUUUUUUUUUUUUUAUGUUUAAUUUUAUCCCGUCUUCUAAUCAUAGUCGGAUUGUAAUUUCCAUUUAUGAUUUUCUUUUGCUCAGAGAAGUCAAAUAAUUUUUUUAACAGUUGGAAAAGCGGCGACUGUUUUGCAAAGUCAGAUUGGAAAAAGUGGGAUAAAAUUGCACUUCCAUUAACCUCUGUUACAUAUUUCUGGACUGUGAACCAUCCGUCUGAUUGGUUGUAUCUUUUUCAAUAAAUUUAUUAUUAAUGCA